AUUGAAACGGCGGCGCAACAAAGAUCUAACUGUAAAUUACAGUGCCUUCCAUAAAAACAAAGCACCGCAGCACUACAUCAAGCAGCAGCAGGAUCAGCAACAAAUGCCACACUACACUUCGCUAAGGAUAACACGCUCCUUUAGUAUGAAAUGAGGCGACCAGGCAAGCGCCUCGCCAUCGAAGAUCGCCCCAACAGAGUACGGACCAGGACACGGCGACAGGCACAGGCACAGACACAGGCACAACACCUGGCAGGAGCAUCGGAGUCGGCAAGGGGUUCUGGCCCGGGAUCGAAAGCAUGAACAGGGACAAUCUGCAGCAGUGGUGGGAGAACUCGUACCGGCGCCAUCAUCCGGAGCCCACUUAUGAACUUGGCCUGGAUUCCGCGGAGCUGCACCUCGCCCUCCGGGAGCCCAACCAGCUGCCCGCUGACUACGACUAUGGCAACUUCAGUCUGGACAAUCCGUAUGACGUGGACUCGGAGCACUCCAUUACCCCGCUGACGCUGCUUCUGCUCGCGGUCAGCUAUGGCCUGGUGGUUUUCGGCGGCGUCGUGGGCAACUCCACACUGGUCCUGACCCUCUGCUCUGCCUCAUCGGUGCGCCUGCGCAAUCCGCUGCUGCUGGCCGUCUGCAUUGCCGAUCUCCUGGUCACCGGGAUCUCCGCUCCGGUCACGCUCCUCAAUCUCGCGAUGAACCGACGGACGCGCUCGCUGCCCCUGGUGCUGUGCAAGGUCAUACACUACGUACAGGUCAUGCCCGUUUCGGCCAGCACUAUUUCGUUUUUCAUGCUCUCCCUGGACCGCUACGCCACAGUAAAGCAUCCGCGAUUGGCGCAACUCCGCCAGCGGCGCUACUUGCACGUCUCCCUGGCGUUGUUCUCCUGGUUCGCCUCGGCGGCCAUCAGCACUCCCUUUCUGUUUGCCUACAAGAUCAUCGCCAAAUCAAUGGUGGUCAAGGGCGGGGGAGCGGCAAACACCACGCCGAACCCGGUCAGCAUCAGCUGCACUUCCGACCUGGGCGCCAACGCCAUGUUCAUGUCCUUCAUCAUCUUCCACACCAUCGCUGUGUUCGUUCUGCCUGGCAUUGGCGUGCUGCUUAACCACUAUGGCGUCCGACGUAAACUCUGCGCCCUAUCGCUGACGGCUCGGGCUGCCCACGGCGAGCUGCCCCUGCCCAUUCCCAUCCUGCGGCGCCAGACCCACAUGGUGAUCGUGACGGGCUGCCCCAACGCCCAGCAGGCGGCCUGCGGUGGUGGCACCACGGCGGACGACACCUCGAACGGGAACGGCACGGGCCCCGGCGGCGGUCCCAUGGCCGUCAGUCCAGGAGACAUCCAGCUGCACACCCUGCAGCCGCGCCAACAGGGUUCCGCCGGAUCCGCCCUCGAACCUGGCUCCUACCGCUCUAGCAAUCCCAUAUCGCCCAGGGCCAUGAGGGAGAUUCGCGCCCACUCGCAGCGACAGCGCAUCAACCGAGCAGGCAGGGGACCAGCGACUCCCGGCAUCCCACUGCCCCAGACGUCGACGCUGCGGUCGCGAAGGCACCUGGCCAACAUGCUCAUCGCCUCGGCAGUGAUCUUCAUCGCCUGCUGGUCACCGCACGUCUUCUGCAUCUUCUACAAGAACUUCGGCAGCAAUCAGCAGUGCAGCCAGACCUCUGUUUACUUCAGCCUCCUGCUAGGAUACUUCUACUCGGCCAUCAGUCCGGUGAUCUACUGGGCGCUCAACCACAAUUCGCUUCGACAAUCUCCCUGCGCGCCCAUCAUCCGCCUGCGCUCCAUGCAGAACUUUCUGAGGUCGCGCUUCCGGACGCACACCGCCCCGCCGCCUCCCUCGUCCACCAACGAGGCGGCCUUGGGGGCCUUCAACCCCAAGCUGAUCAAGCUAACACCGAAACAGUAUAGAGCUCAGGCCUCUUCGCAUUAUCUCUACUAGUGUGAUACUAAGCUAAACUUGAUAUACAUAUAUACACAUUUAUAUACACGCAUAUAUAGUAUAUUUUUUACCUACGCCCUAACCCCCCUCGAACCCCCUAGUACCGAAGACCCCCCGACCCUCUAGUACCGAACUCCGAACCCGAACUUUGACCCAACCGAACGAAACUAUCUAGAUGUUUUUCAAAAGCUCUACGCAACAAUUGCAUAAUACGAAAGAUACUUGCUACAUAUAUAGAGUACAUACUACCUUACAUAGCAGUGUUAGUCGACGCUUAUUUACACGAUGUUGUGCGCCUGAAGCUAUGCAAUAAGGACACCGGAGUCCUGCGGCAACUCUUGCCUAUAACGAGGAGCACUGGUAACGAAAGCAAGUGAAAAAAAAAACAUGAAAAAAAUACAAAAAUAACGAAACCCUUCUAGUGACUUGUUCGAAUUGUUGUUUAGUCUUUUAAGCUGAAAUAUUGUACUAUGUUCCUUCUCAUAGAUAAGCAAUAAGUGAACGCUUUAAGCCAAGUUAAACAAACGGAAAACGAAUCAAACUAAACUAAAACUCGAUCUAAAACUUUUAAACGAUUUAAACGUAAACUCGAAUGCAUACCUAACGAAACAUUAAUAAUUAUAUACAUAUGCGACUACAUACAAAGAAUAACUAACAAGUGAAUAACUAAAAAAUGAAUGUAAAUGUGAGCAAAAACAAAAAGGAUAACAAUUAGUAUUGUAUACAUAUUCUUCGACUUAAUUCUUUAUACACUUUUUCUAACCAUUUUUAAUAUCGUUCAGUAAACUGAACACGGUGUAUAGUGCAAUUCAAGCUGCUGGAAAUAUUCGCGUUUCAGAUGCCAGAGCCACCCAAAGGAUCGGACUCUGGAUCGGGUUUCAUUUCACCUUAUUCAGUGGCCACCGUAUUUCUAAUUUGCCAAACUUUUGUACAUGCUCCCCUGCGAGCGACUCUCUUCUUACUCCCCCUGGUUUUUGGUUCUAUCCUUGGAGUACCUUGUUUAGAGCCAUCUGAAGCAGCAGCUGUUGUUAUCGCCUUGGAAUUAGUGGCUAUAAACCUUAAGCUAACUUUAAAUAACCAUCGUUUUGUACUUUACAAA